CCGCCUCCCUCCUGCGCGUGGCUCAGACGUCAGGAGGAGCCCAAGUGGGAAGGAGGCAGCGCCCAUCCACACAGCUGCCAGAGUGUCGGCGGCUGGCGGACGGGGCAGAGUCGGGGGAAGCAGCUUCCUGGGUUAGGCGAAGUCGAAGGAAAGCAGGAAGGAGUGAGACGCGGGGAAAGGGGGGCUCGCUCGGGCGCGCGCGCCAUGGCCGACGUCUUCCCAGCCCCCGAGCCCGGCUCGGGUCCCGACGCGGCUCGGCGGUUCGCCCGGAAAGGGGCCCUCCGGCAAAAAAACGUGCACGAAGUGCGGGACCAUAAAUUCAUCGCGCGGUUCUUCAAGCAGCCCACCUUCUGCAGUCACUGCACCGACUUCAUCUGGGGGUUUGGAAAACAAGGAUUUCAAUGCCAAGUUUGCUGUUUCGUGGUUCACAAGAGGUGCCAUGAAUUCGUUACUUUUUCUUGUCCUGGAGCAGACAAGGGACCUGACACUGAUGAUCCCAGAAGCAAGCAUAAGUUCAAAAUCCACACAUAUGGGAGCCCAACAUUUUGUGACCAUUGUGGUUCAUUACUUUAUGGACUUCUCCACCAAGGGAUGAAAUGUGACACUUGUGAUAUGAAUGUUCACAAACAAUGUGUAAUAAACGUCCCAAGUCUUUGUGGAAUGGAUCACACAGAAAAAAGAGGAAGGAUUUAUUUGAAGGCUGAAGUGACUGGUGACAAGCUGGGAGUCACAGUGCGGGAAGCAAGAAAUCUAAUUCCUAUGGAUCCUAAUGGACUCUCAGAUCCAUAUGUGAAACUGAAACUUAUUCCAGAUCCUAAGAAUGAAAGUAAACAAAAAACAAAAACCAUCCGUUCCACGCUCAAUCCACACUGGAAGGAGGCAUUCACAUUCAAAUUAAAGCCUACAGAUAAAGAUAGAAGGUUAUCUGUGGAGGUCUGGGAUUGGGAUCGAACAACUAGGAAUGAUUUCAUGGGAUCUCUUUCUUUUGGGGUGUCAGAACUGAUGAAGUCACCAGCCUGUGGAUGGUACAAAUUACUUAACCAGGAAGAAGGCGAGUAUUAUAAUGUGCCGAUACCAGAAGCUGAUGAAGAUGGAAAUGCUGAAUUGAGACAGAAGUUUGAGAAAGCCAAGCUUGGUCCAUCAGCUAACAAAGUUAUAACUCCAGUUGAAGACCGGACUUGUAACUUACCAUCCAACAAUCUUGAUCAGGUUAAACUAACAGAUUUCAACUUUCUAAUGGUGCUUGGAAAAGGGAGUUUUGGGAAGGUGAUGCUAGCAGAACGAAAGGGAACAGAAGAACUGUAUGCAGUCAAAAUAUUGAAAAAAGACGUGGUGAUUCAAGAUGAUGAUGUGGAGUGUACCAUGGUUGAAAAGCGGGUUCUAGCUUUGAUGGACAAACCUCCUUUCUUAACAUACCUUCACUCUUGCUUCCAGACUGUGGAUCGCCUGUACUUUGUCAUGGAGUAUGUCAAUGGUGGUGACCUCAUGUAUCAUAUUCAGCAAGUAGGAAAAUUUAAGGAGCCCCAAGCAGUGUUCUAUGCAGCAGAGAUCUCAGUGGGCCUUUUUUUUCUCCAUAAGAAAGGAAUUGUUUAUCGAGAUCUGAAAUUAGAUAAUGUAAUGUUGGAUUCUGAAGGACAUAUUAAGAUUGCAGACUUUGGCAUGUGCAAGGAGAAUAUGAGUGAAGGAGUGUCAACAAGGACCUUCUGUGGGACUCCAGAUUAUAUUGCACCAGAGAUUAUUGCCUAUCAGCCAUAUGGAAAGUCAGUGGACUGGUGGGCCUAUGGAGUACUUUUAUAUGAGAUGCUGGCUGGUCAGCCUCCAUUUGAUGGUGAGGACGAAGAUGAACUCUUUCAGUCAAUAAUGGAACAUAAUGUUUCCUAUCCCAAAGCAAUGUCCAAAGAAGCUGUGUCCAUCUGCAAAGGGUUAAUGACUAAACACCCUGCGAAGCGUCUCGGCUGUGGGACUGAAGGGGAGAGAGACAUUAGGGAACACGCCUUCUUUAGGAGAAUUGACUGGGAAAGACUGGAGAACAGAGAAAUCCAACCUCCAUUCAAACCUAAAGUGUGUGGCAAAGGUGCCGAAAACUUUGACAAGUUCUUUACCAGAGGACAACCAGUAUUAACGCCACCUGAUCAGCUGGUCAUUUCUAACAUAGACCAAACAGAUUUUGAGGGGUUCUCCUAUGUCAAUCCGCAGUUUGUACAUCCCAUGUUGCAGAGUGCAGUAUGAAAACAAUAGACUCAGGAAAGCUACCCAGUGGGAAAUUGCCCUUAGCCCUGGAAUUUUUAGACCUUUGCCUUGUUGAUUCCAUUUGGGUCUGGGAAUUGUAGGGGUAAGGAGGAAGGGAAGAUGCCGAGGAACACGUGGACGUAGAAGAUCACCCAGUGUAUUUAUCUAGGAAUCACUGCUGCUUAUAGAUUACUGCUAGCCUUUGUCAUUUUUAUAACUUUGACUAUUUUUCUCUAUAUCCUGUAUCUCUGAAAACUUCUUCUUAAAUGGUUAGUAAUGGAUCUGAGAGUAUCAUGUGGGGUUAAGGAAGAAAGAUGAAAAUAUAAGCGGACUGAAUAAUAAGGGGCCUGGGGAAAAAAUGGAAUAAAGGGAAAUCCAGAAAAUUUCCUUCAAUAUUACAGUUGGCCAGAUCUCUGUUAAAACAAAUACGUGAACAAACAAGGCCCGUAAGAUCUUUUAAAAUUAGUUGAUCAAAAUAGAGGUUUCAUAUAAGUUUUCAGUAUCAAGUUUUCAGCAUAAAAUAAAAAUUAUGUGCAUAGGAUGAAUACUAACUAGAGCCUGUGAUGAACUAGCUCAAGGGUAAAACUGCAUAAUACUGAUAUAUGUAUUAUUUUUAAUCUCCAUGAGAUUAUAUUAUAAUCCAGGGUGCCAUUUUGCUAUUUAAUUUACACCACUAGUCAAGUUUAUUGUAAAGCCAGUUUUAAUAUUUAAUCCUAAAUAUUUCUUAACUUGGCUCUGAAGCUAAUCUACACAUCCCUAACUCUUCAAUUUAUACUUAUUUAUUUAGUAAACUGCAUGAAUAGAAUAUAAAAAGUGUACAGUAAAUUAAUAGAGAUGUAGAAUUCAGAGUCAAGCCUGAGAUAAUUAAGGAAUGUUUCUAAAAAUAAAUUCAGCUUUUAACAUACUGGUUUAGAUUACCUGGAACCGCAGAAAUGAGUGAAAACUUAACACAGAAUAAGUUUUCUUCAACAGCUGUUGGAAGCUGUUGAAUACAUUUUUGAAUAUGCAUCAUGCAAUGAAUUUUGCAUGUUUAAUGAACAACGUUAAAUGAAUCUAUAUUAUGGGUAAUUGUAUCACCUAUGAUACAUAUGAUGCACAUUUUAAAAAGACACAGCUGAGCUAUACUAGUGAAGGUUCUUCUGGAUGAUCUUUUCUUUAGCUUUAGCUUAAUGUUCUAUUACUAUUUUGGUUUUGUUUGGGACUUUCUGCACCUUGUUGAUUGCUUAGGGAGAUCUGUGCUCCAUGUGUUAUUUUUAUGUAGUGCUACUGCUAAAUUAUCUUAAACUGCUACAAGAUUUUGAGCACAGUGAACACAAUACACAUGCAUGUGCAAAGUUUACCCACCCCCAGCCAGUAAAUAGAAGCUGCUGGUGCAUGCAGGGCCAAUUCUCCCCAUCUUUUUCUAGAGAACUUGCAACAUAUCCCUAAAUCAAUUGUUCAAUCUCAAGCAGUUUAAAAAGCCGCAGGACAGUUACAGGAUGUGAGAAGAGAACUUGAACAGGAAACUUGGACAACAACUGUCUACCUGCACAUUUUUUCUUCUUUCAGUAUGAGGCUUUCUCUCAAGAGGAAGCUGGGCACUCACUGCAUAUCUAUUACUUUUGGUGAGGGGAGAAAGAACAAUUUAUUAGAGCUAUAAUUAUCAGAGGUUUCACAGAGUUGUAAUCCCCUGCUUUUAAAUCAGUUCAUUCCCCACCCCCGCUGUUUGACUAGAAGGUACCCAUUUUUAAGAUCAAUAAAUAGUGGAUGUGUCAUUUUUUUGUAUGUAAAUGUGAUAUGCUUUUUCUUGUAACGUUUUCCCUCUUAAUUUCUGUACAUUUAGCUGCCAAAAUAUGUGCAUGUGAGCCCCUGGAAGGCCCAUCUGCUUAUCAGUUUUGCCACACAGAAGUGUGUCCUCAACAUGAAAUGUAUUACAGAAACUUAGGAAGAAGAGGUUCCCAAUUGUAUCUGAAGAUUAAUUUUUCAUGCCAGCUUAGAACUGUGUCAAAAUCCCCUUUAGAAAACUCUUGCUCCCCUGAAGAUACUCAUUUUCUCCAAGGAUCUGUGCAAGGGUCACUUUGUACUUGCUUUUUUGCCUUCUUUUGGAAUUCUCUGGGAUAGAGAAGCAUGCACAUGUUACAAGUGAACAGAACACAUACAAAUGCACACAUAAUCUUCAGUGUGUUCAGAAUUUAUUAAGAAAACUAUUCUGAAGACAAGUUGUCAGGUGUGCAACCAUGACCAAAUAAACCAGGUCCUCAUGUAUGUGCUUUCCUCUACAACGGUGUGCCAAAAAGCAUUUGUAAAGGUGACCCUAAACCUAAGCCCCAAAUAAACACCACAUGGGCUGUGAAACAACUGUAGUCGUAAGAUACUUGUGAAAAUUGAGGAUGCUAGUUUCAGAUGCCAUGUUGUGAGCUGCCUACGAUCACUGUGUGAGAUAGGCGGCCAUAUAAAUUCAGUAAAUGAAUAAAUUGCAAGAGCAUUGACAUCUCAGAAAACAUGUAAUGAGAUUUUUGCAUGUGAUAGUUACCGUUUUUGUAAACUUUGUGCUGCACCUGGUAAAAAUAUUCCUGCCCCAUUUAGUACUUACAGUACAUUGGCACACUCCUCCUUCCAAUUCCUAUACCUAGGGUUCCAAAUGGUCACAAAGAAAUAAAUAGGACUGCAAAAAUGCACUAUAUCUCUAGUUCAACUGAGAAUCAACUAACUAAAGAGCUGUGCCCUUGGUGAAAACUGCAGUACUGAAGAGCCACCAAAACAUAACUGAAAACAGGAGAGGCUCAUGCCAUUAAGUGGAUGUAACAUUGGAAGUUGUAGCAGACUGUGAAUAAGAGAUAUUUAAGCAGGGCAAUGCAGAUUUAGCUGUUCUUUAAUAGUAUAAAUACAUUUAAAUAUAAUAAAUAUUAGUUAAGUAUAUUUAUACUUACAGUAUAAAAUUUUUUAAAAUAUGACCAGUUUACAGAAAGCAAUUGUUACUCAUAAAAAGGUUAAACAUAUUAGAUAAAACGUAAUUGACAUCAACUUCCCCUUUGCCUAUUUUCCAUGACAUUGCCAGUUUUAGAAAAAAUGUGCGCAUUUUGCCUUUUUAAGCAUAUAAUUUCAUUCGGCUGGGCCAGAGCCUAAUGGAGAACCUCUGGGGCAAAGAUCAGUCACCGAGCCACAAACUGGGAAUUUAAUAUUUUAGGUCAAGUGCCCCAAUUUACUCAAACACACUUCAAGUUAUUGGGGAGAUGCAUCUGUCAUGGUAAUAAUAUUUGGGGUAACAUAAUGAAAAAUUACCAUGAACAUCCUGAAUAGAAAAACCUUUUCAAGAAAUUAAGGAUCUCACUUACAGAAAAUCCUAGGUUUCAAUGGAUUGUUUUGUAGGUAUGAUAUAUCACAAUAAUACUGGUAUAAAUAAGUGCCAACAUUAUUUAUUCACUUCCACAGUGAAAGAAAGAAGAUGCCAAGUUUCUCUAGUGUAAAAUCUGGUGUUUGAGUAGUUUUAUUCAAGUCUGGAGUAUUCAAGUAUCAAGUAUCUUUACUAAAAAGAGAUGCUGUGACAUAUAGUAUAUGCAGUCAGUGCAGAUUUGCAAGUGUCUGCAUAAGCACAUACCAAAUAAUUUGCUGCAGAAAUGUGAAUUAUAUAGAUUUGGAACAUAUUACAUGAGAAAUAAUAAUUUCAGUUGUUGAUAUUUAUUUAAAUCAAAUGUAAUUUUGUCUUAACAUUAUAUUCUGCUUUUUCCUAAUCCUAUCAAUCUGGGUAGCUUUGCUUCCCCACUAAAAAGCCCUCAAAAGGCUGCAAAGAAGGGAAAGGCCACAGCUGAACAGUAGAGAGUUCUGAGGCUGGGGUGCCAUCUGCCUCAUUUCCAGUUAAAGAGAAGUGGUUUGCAAGUGAUGGGAAAGAGUGUCAAGCUAUGACCUGAGAAAACUGCUGCCAGUCAAAGCUGGCAAUACCAGACUAAAUAGACCAGACAAUGCACAGUGUAUAUUCCUAGGGCUCUGAGGAUUAGAUAAUGAGAAGUUGCUGAAGUUGGCACUUGCGCCAAGGAGUGCUGGCAUUAAUCAUGCAAGACAACCCAUUGACAAGUUGAUAAAGAGAAUCAUAGGGAGAUAAAUGUGCAGCACUUACCAUAAUUAUAAUAUACACAAUUUAUGGUAUGAAUUUUAUUUUGGACCCCUGUUCAGUGUGUCUUAGAUGUUCAAUGUUGUAAAUGAUUCAACCACUGCUGUACAACAGUCUUCCCCACCCCACUGCCCUCUUUCUAAUUGUGUUGUUAUCCAUCACAUCUUGCGGGUACUGAAGUGGGGAAGUGGCUGUACAAAUGCAGUUCUCGUCUUUCUAAUUACCUCAGUUGACAAUUUAUUAUAGCUGAUGGCAAGAGCCAAGAUAAGAAACAAAGAUUAAAUGCAACAAAGACACAGAGAGAGAGAGAGAGAAUGAAAACGCAAUACAGCAAUGACCCAGAUAAUCCCUGUCCUAUGAGAGAAUCCUUGCUGCCUCAUGCUAACAGCCACUGACACUAACCCUUGGAGUUUUAUCUUUCAGCUAAGAUGUAACAGAACUGGCAGGGCCAUCAAUUGGGUCAUCUAAGGGGGAUGAAGUGUCAAAAAGUCAAAAUUGUGACAAACAUAAAAAACAGGGUUGUGAUUACUCAGUCAUGACCGUCUUCUGGACAUUUGACUACUAUGCAGAUCUUCUGCACUCCGUAUAGGUAUAAUCAAUUGCUGACAUGCUCCAGUAUAAAAACUACAGUGCAGGAGUACAUGCUGCUUAGACCUGACUUCCUGUUCAUUACAUGGACAAGCCUCCAAGAAUUAAAGAACCCCCUCAUAUCUUCCUUGUAAAAUGGGUGAGGAGAAUGCAUUCAGCCUUGCCAAACAAAGGUUUGAUAAUUAAUUACAAGAAGUCUAUUAAGAUAAGCUGGCUGAACAGCCUUUUCAAAUAAAAUGCCAAAAGAGCUUGGUGCACAGGAUGAAUGAGCAUCAACUCAGAGGCUUGGAAGGGAAAUAUUCCAAAUAUUAGUGCAACAGCAGAAUUAUCCCCUGCCCAGAUAGAGAAGCAGUGGGUGAUAGUCCAAUUCAAUUAGCUCCUUGGGCUUCCAAAUUUGGCCAGGAGUAAUUGUGACCCUCUGCAGGGAGAUAAAGAAAUAAACCUGGGGGUAUCCUAAAAAUAGGCACUCUCAGUGAGCACAACAGACCAAAGAGCCAUGCUCUGAUCUCUAAAGGGGAUUGUACUGUUUCCAGUAAAAUGACUGUAUUGGAAGCACAUUUUCAAAACUAAGUGGGCACAGAAGAAAUCAGCUUGCUGCAAUUCAUAUCUGAAGGCAUUCUCUGGAUCCAAAUGGCAGCACCAUAAAGGAGGUGAGAGGUUAAUGUUAGCAUUAAAAAAUUAAAUAAUGGUGGAGAGAUACUGAUCCCUUUUAAUAUAAAAGAAACAAGAGCAGUUUUAAGCCCUGAAGUUUCUGGAAAGCAUAAAUUACACAAGUGGGAAAAUAACACAGGAAAGUCUUGACCUAGUAUACUCUGAGUUGCUCAUCUAGUAACCAUCUCUGCAAAAUAAACUACUUGAACAUUCUGAUCUUUCACUUAGCAUAAUUAUCUCUAAGGAAUUGUUCUAAAAUUUGAAAAAAAUUGAUCAUUUACAAACAUUUUAUAAAAUGGUUUAGCUCAUAUUUUAGUCCAGGUCUGUAACAAGAGGAUGAUUGCAUCAACUGUGUACCUUAAAACAGAAAUGUUCUUCUCCAACUUCUGGCAAGUGUCUAUCAAGCUUAUUUAACACAUUUUUGAGAUCAUUCAAGUAGAAGUUGAGUAGAGGCUAGAAUCCUUGCCAGCCCUUCCCAAUCCCUUGGACCUAGUGAAAGCUUCAGUAAAACUGGCCUGCAUUGUCACAUCAGACCUGAAGGAUAGAUACGGGGUCUUGACAAGCAGUCUUUGGUCAGUAAACACCCAGUUUUAGCCAUAAGGUAUCCCUAAGGAUACAAUCAACAGCAGAUCCAUGAAUUUUGCAUAAAUUUUAAGACCCCUGUGUAUUUUUUGGGAAGGUAGGAGAAAUUACCUUUGUUAGACAAUACAAAUGCAUUCCUUCUUAAAAAUUUUUUAGAUAAAUACUCAUAUUCAUUUGCUCUAGGCUAUGUCCACUCAAUAGAACAGCAAUAUUCUUUCUCAUUGCUCAGUCCCAGCAUUACUCUACAACAGUGUAUUCCUUCUUUUAAAAAGUUACAGGAUGAGGAGAUGACAAAAUUUCUUAAGCAGAAUGGUAAGUUCAGAGCAGGUGUUGCUAAGAUUUUUUUAAAAAUAAAAAUGAAUUGAUCCAACAUCUUCCUUGUAAAAAAUGGGUGAGGAGCACCUGUACACAUGCACAUUGCACAGAUCCCAUACAUCCUAGCAUGCUUUCAUUCAUGAAGAAGAGCCAGCACAUCCAGCUCAAAGAUUUGUCUGGUAUGGUACUUUGGCCCCACAGAGCAUAAGACCUUAGCAAUUGGUAUUAAAAGGCAUUGAGGUCAAAUUGGGCUAUCAUGACCAGUAGCCAUUAAGAGCCUUACCCGCCAUGAAUUUCUCUAAUCUUUUCAAAGCAUGAGUGUUGGUGUUGCUAUAUCUUCUGCCACAUUCCAUAGUUGUAUUUGUGUUGUGAGAUGACCUUCUAUUUUUCCUCCAUCUCCAUCACUGAUUGAUGCUGGAUUCUAAUAUUAUGAAGGAGGAAAAAAAACACAUCUCCCUAACCAUUUGCUUCAUGUCAUGCAUAAUUGUAGACACCUCUCAUCUCUCACAACAAAACUUGUUUGGUUGCCUGGGCUUCUGCAUCCUCCUGCUAAAUUCUUAGGAAUUGUUAAAUUAUUACUAACUUCCUUUUUAAAAAUCUGAAUGCCAGAUUACUGUUAUUAAGAUACUUUAUCAUUGGUGCCACAGAGUCUGUCCUUGCAAGGCAAUAGUCAUGGCAAGCAUCUCCCACUUAGCCCUCUAAGCUAGAUCUGCUCUGGGGUCUUUGUUAAUUUAGGCUUAUACAUUUGCUUUUUAAACCCUUCAGACUUGGGUUUUGUCUAAAUAUCUGAUUCAGGGUUGCUUAGCUAGAGCAGGGCUUCAGAAUUCCCUCGAAUUUAGCUCCUGAGCUGUAUGUUCCUCAAAAACAUCUUAUAGGUACUCUAAUCCUUUUGCUUUGUUUUCAGCUAAUAUUUAAUAAAGAAAUAAAAGGUAGCACUUCUCCUCAUCUGAGUACUUAAGUUCUGUGUGUAGUUAACUUUCAUCUUGCUUCUUUGUCAGUGGGCCUUCUCGUACUCCUAGAGAUAAAAUAGAACAAAAAACAUAGAUAUAUUUUCCUCUUUGGUUUAACAGUAUAUGGAAUUAAAGCAAUCUUUACUUGACUUAAGAGCUAAGACGGUAUAUCAUCAAUUUAGAAAGCAUCUUUCCACAGAACGAAAUAUUGAUUCAACUUCAGAAUAAUCUUUUAUGCAAAAUGAGACAAACAGAACUUCUUGUAAGAAUACACUGUUGAAGGUUGCCAAAACUGAUACUUUGGAAUAAUCAGGGCACCACCCAGUCCCCAUCUCUCGUUCCUCCCUGCCCCCUCUCUACUCCAGAGGGGUCUUUCCAGUGGCGAGACGAUGUACAGAGCACAGCUCAGGUGCCUGACAGAGCAUACAUGGCAUGGACUGCUUGUGAUUCUCAGCUUAUAUUGCAUGGGUCAAGUGCAUGCAUAUCCAUUUAAGGGUGGUCCUGAACCAAACUCUAGACAUUCUUGUGGAGUUAAAUAUUUCAUUUCCAGUUCAGAAAUUGGGAGGGUGGGGGUGGGAGGCAAUGAAAUUAUCUUGAGUAUUAAAUUUUUGUUACAGCCGUCAUUGCAUCUGUAAAAUGUGUUAGAUUGCAAAAUUUCCAUCGCAACUGUUUUCAACCUCUCCAAAACACGCCCCCAAAAUUGUUUACUUGCAAUGUAAGAAGUGAAUCCAAAACUAGAAUAUCUGAAAUAUUUAAAAUUGAAAGUGAUUUAACGUUGCUCAUUGUUUCAUCACUUUAUCAGUAAAUAGUUGUAUCAGUGAAGCUUGGUGUUUAUCCCACUUUAUAACGAAUAGGAAAGCAUGCCAUUAAAAAGUCUCUUGGGAUUUGAAAAUAUUUAAUGGGGGACAAUAUAGUUUGCUCUCAUAGCUGUAUUACAAGUGUGGGAUCUAGGAAUAACGGGCUACUUUUCUCAACUCUGCCAAUGAUUCCCUCUGUGGCCUUGGGCAAGGUAUGAAACCUUUCUGCCUCAAUUUCCUCAUUUGUAAAAUGGGGAUAACAAUAUUAUCUAUAUCCUCACAGUCUGUUGUGAGGCCUGUUUGGUUAUUAUUCUUGCUGCACUUCUAAGGUGAAAAAAAAGCAUUAUACUUUUUAAUAGAGAAUCCAACAAUUUACAUAUUUUGCUGAAUAUGCUGUGCUAUUUGUACUUUUUUAUACAACUUUUAAUAGUACUGCUGAAAAAAAAUUACAUAACCCAAUACAUGUCUCAUACAGGAUCUGGAAUAUUUUAGCUCUGCCAAGCAAAGUCCUGUACAGUGUUGCAAGAUGCUGCUUUUGCUAAAGUAUAAAGGCAGGUUUUUUUUUUCUAUUAAUGGGGUUCCAACACUGCAUAAACAGAAGUCUUAGCAUAAGGGAGUGUUACAGCAUAUCUUCUACAUAAAGAAAUAGGACACCAUAUAUUUUCAAGCAAGAUUUCAUGAAGUAUGGAAGGUGGGAGGACUUUUGAAGGCAAUUAGUCCCAUCAACAGAAAUUAAAUAUCUUUAUUUCAAUCCAUGAGCAAGUUGCACGUUUACAUGAUCAUAUAAAUUAGUGUUAACAGGACAAAAAGCUGGAAAACUCAGUUUUGCUCAGAGGUAAUUGGGUGUCUUCUAAUCAUUGUCAAAGAUUGAUUUGAUUAUUCUCAGCAACUGAUGUAAAGGGAAGAGUGUCAGAUUAUGUACUGGGAGACAGUCUGAAUCCAUUUUCAUUUGAUGUUCAAAUUUGACAAAAUCCACAGGGAAUUUCUCCUAUGCAAACCCCAUGACAGUCUCUGUGAAGGAGGUUUUGGGGUAGAGUAUGCAAAUAACGUCCAUCCACCCUUUUUUAACAAGAGCACACCUCCUCCUCGGAGUGUUCCUCAGGCCUUCCGCCACAAAGGAUUCCACUUCCUACCUCUUUCCAUCUUAGGGAGUGGCUAAGCCUUAUACCAGUAGAGACACCUCUAGCUCCAUCUGAGCAUCUACAGAUGUACCUGCACCCCCGAUCCAGAUCCUAUCUGGAUUGGGAUCAAAAGGUUAAUUUUCACCAACUCAUAAUUAUCCCAUUUCAGUUAGUUGGCCUGCUUAUGCUUAAUUAUUAUGCAGAGUUUAGGCCUAGGAUUUGUUUAUACUGUAAUCAAUGCCCCAAACUAUCUCAGAACAGACUUCAGAGCUUUUACUUAUUUUCAUUGCUUAGAAGAUGUACACAAUCCAAUUUAAUAAAAUGUAGUGAAAUUUUGUCAAUGUAAAGCCUGAGAUCCACAUGUCAUGUGGAAGGGAUAGCUUAUAGUCCCUAUACAAUGAAUUUCUUGCAUGAAAGAAUGAGAAUGAUCACACUGUGGUAUUUGCUGUGUUCUCGCUCUCUCUUUGGACAAAAGUCAAACCCAAUAAAAUUUUACAUUUUAUAUAUAUGAUACUAUUUUAAGGCUCAAUAUUUCUAUCUGGAAGACAGGAAAAUGUUUUCUAAUUAUUUAAUAAUCGCAUGGUACUGUAAAGAAAAUGGAGAGGCCAUUCCUUUGCUGGGAGAAGAUGUUUUUAAAAAUGGACAAGAUUAAUGUACAAAUUGUUGUACUUUUCCCUUAAACUUAACAAUUAAACUUUGUUUGCAUGACUUUUUUUUGUUAAAUAGUAAUGAUAGUUUGAAAGCAAAUUGAGUAUGAAUAAAGAUACUGACAAUUA